AUGGCGACAUUAAGAUCCAGGGUUCCAAAUCGCUCCAAUAAACAAGAUUUCAAGAAUCGAUCGUCAACAACCAACAAAUCAGGUCUCCCAGUCGGGGUCAGGUUCCGUCCUACAGACCACGAACUCCUCGAUUACUAUCUCCACACCAAGAUCGCCAUGGGUGACCACUUUCACUCCGAUUUCGUUGCCGAUUUUCCUGAUUUUUACUGCGAGAAUGAGCCCUGGGUUGUUUGGCAGAUCUACUGCGGCGGUGAGUCCAAGAAAGUGGAGGAUGAAAAGACUCUCUAUUUCUUCACCCAUCGGAGAAGGCUGAGUCCCACCGCCAAGCGCUUUGAUCGGAAAGUGGGUUCCGGCACUUGGAGUGGCCAGUGUUCGAAAGAAGUUGUUGACCAUGAGGAUGAUGGUGUUGUUAUUGGGCUCAAGAGGGAGUUCCGAUAUGAGGGCGGUUGUGAUUCUCGUCACAACGAGGCUUGGUUGAUGCAAGAGUACCAGAUCAUUGAUGAUGAUUCUGAUAUUGUACUGUGCACUUUGAGAAAGAACCCUAGAAAGGCACCACCUGCUCAGAGGAGUAAUGUUGUUGAAAAGACCAGAGUUGAUGACAAAAAGAGAAAGAGCAUUGUGGAUCAACCCGGAAAGCCUAAAUGGAAAAAGCAGAAAAAGGAAGAGAGUUGUGAUCAGGAACAAGAAGGCAGCAGUACUGUUGAUCAGAUGAAAGUGGAAGAGACCUGUUACGAGUUGGAUCAAGAUCAUGGACAGCUGCAAGUAGUGUUUCCCUAUCCGUUUCAAGAUGAUCAAGAUUGUUAUUAUCCUGAGCUUUAUCCUGAGCUGUGUGUCGAUGAUAAGCCUGAUUUAUUUACUAUUGAUGAAUUACUUGGACAAACCCCAACUUGGUAUGAGGGCAACAACUUCAAUUUGGUCACAGGAGGACCACUUCUUUGA